GGAGAGAGACAGGAUCGGGAUCGGGAUCGAGAUAGAGGGAAGAAGGGAGAGAAAGAGAGAGAGAAGCUAAACAGGUGGUCUGAAAACACACAGAAAACAAUGUCGUCCGGCGGGGAGAAGCGGAAAGACCUUUAGUCCUCUCUUUUUAUCAAGGAAUACCGGGACAGCCGCGGGAAGCCGAACAAACGGGAAAACCCAUGCUCCUUUUUUAUUUUCGCACGGAUUUCUCCUCCUCCUCCUCGUCUCGGUUUGUACUCCGAAUCUGGGCAGGAUCUCGGACACCGAAAGCAUGAAAGUCACGGUGUGUUUCGGCAGGACCCGGGUGGUGGUGCCGUGCGGGGAUGGAAACAUUAAAGUGCUCACACUCAUCCAGCAGGCUGCCAUGAGAUACAAGAAGGCUAUCGCCAAGGAUGCUAGUUACUGGCUGCAGGUCCACCGGUUGGAGCACGGCGACGGCGGCAUCCUCGACCUGGACGACGUACUCUGCGAUGUGGCCGACGACAAAGACAGGCUGAUAGCCGUGUAUGACGAACAGGACCCCCACCAUGGAGGCGACGGGACCAGUGCCAGCUCCACGGGGACCCAGAGCCCCGACCUGUUCGCCGUGGACCUCAGCGCUGGCAGCGGAGCCUCGGCCUUCCAGCCCUACCAGGUCGCCAGUGAGAUCGAGGUCACGCCCUCCGCCCUGCGCACCAAUAUGCCCCUCCACGUCCGGCGCAGCAGCGACCCCGCCCUGCUCACCAUCAACGGGCCUUUCAGCGGCGGUGAGCCGCGGGUCAAAACGGAAGAGCCGCCAUCCAGGAAGAACCCGAGCCGCUGGUCCACCACGGCCGGCUUCCUGAAAGCUCGCCACUCCUCCGGCACCAACAGCCUCGAGAGGAAGGGUAAAGCUAUGGACACGUACCGCAGUCUGCCGCGGGAUGCGGGGACGUGGGCCAAUCAGAGUGAGUUUCAGAGAGAGACGGCCCGCUCGUCACUCAGCGCCAAUCACCCCAUGGUGGACCGCUGGCUGGAGAGACAGGAACAGGAGGACGAGGCCGGAGACGAAGAAAACGGCCGGAUCGAGCCGGUCGGUCGAGCCGACUCCUGCAUGGACCACACCCCCGUGAGGUCACUAGAAGACAUAGUCAAACUGGUGGAGGUGUCAAACGACGGCGGGCCGCUGGGAAUCCACGUGGUGCCUUUCAGUGGCAGGGACCGCAGGACUCUUGGCUUGUUGGUCAAGCGUCUGGAGAAGGGAGGCAAGGCCGAGCAGCAGGGCCUCUUCCAGGAGAACGACUGCAUCGUCCGAAUCAAUAACGGAGACCUGCGAAACAUCCGCUUCGAACAAGCCCAGAACAUGUUCCGCCAGGCCAUGCGCUCCCCACUCAUCACGUUCCACGUGGUGCCGACGUCGAUGAAGUCCCACUACGAGCAGCUGUCCCACGUCGAGAGGAACCCGGCGUACACCUCGGGCCGCUUCAGCCCCAACUCCCUGACCGGCAGCACGGUCUCCGGCGCGGACCACGCACCGCACAGGAUGUCCCGGCACGGCUCCCAACCUCACCCGCACUCGCAUCCCCACCCUCUGUCCCACGCUCACCCGGACCACACUGAGGGCUACACUCCUCUGCCUCACCCGGUGGUCUCCGCAGCAAAGCCGCCGACGGGGCACACCCCCUCGCCUCAGAGGGGGGCGAACGCCACGCCUGCGGGAGGAUACAGCAAAAAAGUCGGGAGGAGGCUCAACAUCCAGCUAAAGAAAGGUCCCGAGGGACUCGGCUUCAGCAUAACGUCUCGGGACGUUCCCAUCGGCGGCUCGGCACCCAUCUACGUGAAGAACAUUCUGCCUCGAGGAGCCGCCAUCCAAGACGGCCGCCUCAAGGCAGGAGACAGGUUGCUGGAGGUGAAUGCCGUGGACCUGAACGGGCGGACCCAGGAGGAGGUGGUGUCUCUGCUCAGGGCCACGCCCAUGGGCGGGGCCGUGGGGCUGCUGGUCCUACGGCAGGAGGACACUUUCCUCCCCAGAGACGCGAAUGCUGAGCCCCAGAUGCAAAGCCCCAGAGAUGUGCAUCCAAGGCAGCCCGUGACAGUGGUGAAGCCCCAUUGGCUGAUUGAGAAGACAGAGGAGGACGAGCUGGUCCUGACUCCGGACGGGACCCGGGAGUUCCUGACCUUUGAGAUCCCCCUCAGUGACUCGGGCUCAGCUGGGCUGGGUGUCAGCGUCAAAGGCAACCGCUCCAAGGAGAACCAUGCUGACCUGGGCAUCUUCGUCAAAUCCAUCAUCAAUGGAGGGGCGGCCUGCAAGGACGGGCGGUUGCGAGUGAACGACCAGUUGAUUGCUGUCAAUGGAGAGUCGCUAUUGGCCAAAACCAACCAGGACGCCAUGGAGACGCUACGCAAGUCCAUGUCGACGGAAGGCAACAAACGAGGGACGAUCCAGCUGAUUGUGGCCCGACGAGUGUCUAAAAGAAACGAGGAGACACCGGGGAGUCCGCUGGGGGGCAGUCAGCAGACCAUGAACUCGUCCCUGGACGACCACGAGCGCCGGAUCUCCCACUCCUUGUACGGUGGCCUGGAAGGCCUCGACGACAACCUGAUGCCACGACAAGGCAUGAUGCCGCGCACGAUAGGAAACUAUCAGCUCUCACCGACCGUCAACAUGCCGCAGGACGACACGGUGAUCAUAGAGGACGACCGGCCGCCGCUCCUCCCGCCCCACCUCUCCGACCAGUCGUCCUCCAGCUCCCACGACGAUGUGGGCUUCACCGCCGACACGACGCCGCCGUGGGCCAAAGAGCCGCCCACUCAGAACGACAGCUCCGUGAAUCCAGACGAAAACGAUCCGGACGGCACGUUCCAAAGGGAGGGCUUCGGGCGCCAGAGCAUGUCGGAGAAACGCACCAAGCAGUUCGGAGACGCCUCGCAGCUCGAGAUCAUCAAGACGCGCAAGUCCAAGAGCAUGGAUCUAGUAGCCGACGAGCUUAACCUCACCCCUCGACCCGACACCAACGCAGGUUCUUCCACAAAGGACGUGGGACCAUCGCUAGGCUUGAAGAAGUCCAGCUCGCUCGAGAGCCUCCAGACGGCUGUUGCAGAGGUAACCCUCAACGGGGACCACCCCUUCCACAGGCCACGCCCUCGCAUCAUCAGGGGGCGGGGCUGCAACGAGAGCUUUAGAGCGGCCAUCGACAAAUCCUACGACCGACCAGUUGCGACGGAAGAAGACGACGAGGGCAUGGAGACACUGGAGGAGGACACAGAGGAGAGUUCCCGAUCUGGGAGAGACUCCGUGUCCACGGUGGCCGACCAGACCCCGCUGUCCGGCACCACCGAGAAACCGCUGGUCAACGGCACCAAUCGCACCAAAGAGGAGAAGAAGAAAGACAAAGACAAGGGAGGGAAGGAGAAGAAGAAGCAGGAGGGAGGGAAGGAGAAAGACAAGGGGAAAGCCAAGAAGGGCAUGCUGAAAGGACUCGGGGACAUGUUCAGGUUUGGGAAGCACCGUAAGGACGAGCGGCCGGGAGAGAAGCUGGACCGUAAAGGCUCCAGCAAGUGGAGGGUGGAGGAGACGCAGGUUUCAGAUGAGGAGACGAUGAAGAUGAGGAUGGAGCAGGAGAGGAUCCAGGCCAAGACCAGAGAGCUGAGGGAGCGCCAGGCCAGGGAGCGGGACUACGCCGAGAUCCUGGACAUAAGCCGCUCACCGGAGAGGGGCUCCGAGGAUGAGCACCCGUACGCAGGCAUCAACCCCCUGAACAGCUCCGUGGACAGCGGGCACAGCCGGCCCCACAGCCCCCGGGACGACUACCCCCACCUCCAUCCACACCACCAGCACUCCGAUUCCCUCUACACCCAAGUCAGCAAGGCCCGCAACGAGCGGCCUCCGUCUGCAGACAGCCGGCUAGCACCUAGCAACCACGACCGGAUACAGAGGCUGAGGCACGAGUUCCAGCAGUCGCAGACCAUCCCGGACGACCCCGAGGACCGCAGGAGGACCUACAGCUUCGAGCAGCCCUGGUCAAACACCAGCAGCAACGGUCAGGGCGGGUACAGCCAGCCGGGGCGCCACUCGGUGUCGGUCGAGGUUCAGAUGCAGCGGCAGCGACAGGAGGAGAGAGACUCGUUCGCCCAGGCACAGCGGCAGUACAGCUCCCUGCCACGGCAACCCAGGAAGAACCCCAGCUCCAUCUCCCAGGACUCGUGGGACAAGGCGUACCCUCCCGGCGAUGUCUUCCAGACAGCAAAGGACAACCCCAGGUACUCCAGCUACCAGGGCUCCAGGAACGGCUACCCGGGCGGCGGCGGGGUCAACGCCCGGGUCCUUCUGGAGGCCCAGGAGCUCCUGAGGCAGGAGCAGAGGCGCCGCGAGCAGGAAGCCAAAGGGAAGCUGAUGCAGGAGAGCAUCGGUAACAGCAGCUAUGACGGGUACCCUACAGCGCGCCUGAAGGACCCAGCCUCCCCAAAGGGUCCGUACCGCCAUGAUGUGCCGCCGUCGCCUUCGCAGUUAGCGAGGCUUAAUAGAAUUGGGUCGGAGAAAGGAAGACUUUUUUAUUCUUGAGGAGUAUUGUUGGACUGAGGGAUGAAGAGCUGAACAGAGAACUUUUGCCACAGGAGCUAAGGGGAUUACCUUGAAGAAACAAGUAAAAGUGGACGCUGCAGUCCUUGACAGAGGAACAACCUAGAGGUCUUAUAGCUUAGCGAUGGUCUUAGAGGUAACCAAAUGUGAAGUGUGCUCAGUAUGUGGGUGUUUGUGUUCAAUCCCCCACCGUGCCGAUGACCUAUAGUCAGUCAGUCGCUCACCCUCCUACAGACAUGAGACGCUCAGUGCCUUCUCCGAUGCUCGUUCACAGUCGUCCAGGGCUCUGAUUCAUCAAGAUCUGGCGCCGUCAUGUACUGACAAUCAACCGGGCAGACCGGCAAGUGAGUGGGCGUUCUUCUGAGCCCAUGGGGAGGCGUCACUGUCUGUGUGGGUUUAGUGUGUGGGCAUGUGACAAGGUACAUGUUUCACAAUCAGGCAUUCGUGUCGUGGCUUUAAAAUAGAAAGUGUCCCGUGGGGGGACUCGUCCCAUCGGUCACAGCGAAGUCUUCACUUCGCUGAAGUUAACAUUCGACCCCUGCUGACGGCAUUUCUCUGCAUUCUGUUUUCUCCUCAACAAUCGCGAGCUCUCUCACUCGAGUACUUCCCCGGGGAGAAGAGAAAACACGUAUGAAAUGUAUGAAAGAAGCGGGGCACAGCGUGCGUGUUAUUAAUAAAGAAAAGCCCCCCUCAUAAAUGAUUCAUAUCGUGUGUUAUCUCCGUGGAGGAGACCCAGGCAGAGAGGGUAGACAGCUCUGAUCCUCUGCCUGGCCCCCCUACACCGCUCUGGGCUUGACUCACUGGCCCGCCUGCCUGCCUGUCUGUCUGUCUGUCUGUCUGGAGCUCUGGCUCCCAUCCUCCUCUUGUUCUCGCCGUCUCUCUGUUCAUUACGUUUCUUUCUUCUACCUCAACACCCCCACCUUUGUCCUCCCCUCUCCUUGCUCAUCUCCCACCUUCCUCUCAUGUCGCCCCUCCCCUUCCCCUCACUCUUCCUCCUGCUCACCACCACCAUCCUCCUCCUCCUCCUCCUCCUCCUCCUCCUCCACGUCUCCAGAGUCAGACUCUGCUCUGAAUUUUUCAUCACAAGCCACCUGCUGCCUGCCAGAGCCAAAGAGCGCUGCCACCGGAGGAACCGACAGAGGGCCUGGCUUCUGACAUAAAGAGAGGAAUAAAAGCACAAAAAAGAGCCAGAAUAACGAUGGGUAAAGAGACAAUAAACCUGCCAGUGUGAGAUUAGCUGGAGCUUUUCUCCCUUUUUUUAACAAAAGGCAAAAUUGUCCUCAGGAGUUAAUUGCUUUCAAUUGCUGUAAUUGCUUUCUGUAAUUCUACCUUUUUAAGCAUUUAGCUGACACUCUUCUCCAAACAUUUAGAGAAAUGUUUCUUAGAACUGCUUUCUUCCAAAAGAAAUUCAUAUUUCUCAGUGUGGUCUGUAAAUUAUCCAGAGCAGAUGCCGGGUCUCACUGGAAUCAGGCAGUGCACCAUUGGUCACAUACUCACAGGGCUAGUUAGCCACCGAGAGCCAUGCUACCGGUAGUCGAUCGCAAUCACGGUCACGAAAGCUCUCAGAGCUAGCUAGCUUUGCAAACUGACAUUCAGCUGACUUGUAACUUCAGUCACAAUACAUUCACACAGUUUAUUCAAAAGACGCAUUUGGACCAUCGGAUGCUGUCUUCUGACCAUGCCUCCUGUGAGGAAUGGUCAGAAGACAGGAGAAGGUGCAACAAUACCUUCCACCAUUCAGGAGAACUUGUGUCAAAAGUUAAAUUCCAUGCAAAUGUUUUCACACAGAUUUAAUUGGCACAAUGGGAGCCACAAAAAAUAAUGACAUCCACUGAGCUUGGAUGGAGACAUGAAACCUGACAAAUUAAACCAAAACUGAAGUGAAGCGACCCAUUAAGCCAGUGACAUUAACUAUGAUUCAUGCUAGCCCAGUGACUUGUUGUAGGUCGGAAAUAAGACCUUGGGCAUCACUAACAAAUGCUUAAAAGGGCUGAAUUCGAAAAUCAGAUCAUUGAUAUAGCAGCAAACACUGCUUGCUAUGUAAAAAUAUAGUUGAGAGAAUAGAGUCGAUCUCCCUCUGUGUGUGUUGUAAGUCGCUCUGUUGUACCACACUGGCUAGCAGACGGCCGCCGCUCUGUACCGAUGCAUCGUCGCUGCAGAAGCGUGUCGCCCACCCUCCUGUUCCCCCUCAGGUUAGCUCUGUCAGCAAUACUGCCGUUGUUAGCACCAUUAGCUCUGAGCCUUCGCUUAGCUGUCGCCAUGUUGAGAGCCGUGUGGAGGCAAUACAUGUGCUCUGUAUUCCGUUUUGAGUCACACAGCCCACCGCUGUAAUUGUUGCAGUAGGUGGCGACCGAUUCUCCUGGUCUGAACCUGCCCGUCUUUGACAUCACUAAUGUGUGCGACAUGACGGUCUCCGCCUGUAAGCGAAGCAAAUGAGAUCGAGCUGAGGCCAAACUUAAAACAAAAGGGAAAUACAAAAAAAAAGUAUAAAAUGGCCAUCACUGAGCUGUGGAAAACAAACAGGCGCUGCGUAAUUGCCCUUCACUCCUACACACCCCAUAUGCAGAGUGAAGCUGCGUGACAUACAUUAUCUCCCGGCAGUUAAUGGAGGCCCUUGCUGGGAAAGAUGCAGGCUGAGUGGGGGUAAUAAAUGAUGAUGAGUAAGAAGAUGAAGAAGAAAAGGCAUUAUUCCAGCGUAUAAAGCGUUCACACGACUCUGAUUUAAGCUAACUAAGAUGUCCCUUCUGCAUUGUGCAUGUACUUGGGUGUAAUGACACUAACGCACUAUGAAAACUGUUACCAAAUAAGAUACGAACUGUGUAGGUGAGUUUAAAACAAUAUCUGUACUCUGAAUGACUUUUAGUGAAAGUGUUUGGUUGCAGUGGCCAGCACUUCCUGCUGUGAACACUAGUGCGUCUCCGAAUGCAGAGUAGCACAUUUAGAAGGAUUUGACUUGUGCUCUGAACGUCGUGCACGUCGCUGUUCAGCUGUCCGGUUACGGGGUCAGAAAAUCGAUAAGUGCCUGAUAUUAUAUCACAAUAUUUUACACAGAAGAGGGACGCGAUGUGAUUCGCUUGUCAAUGACACUACAGCACACAAGCUACAGUUGUGUUUUUAAACAUUUUUGAUAUCAUAUUAAACCGUGUCAUUUUUGGGGUACUCCUUCCAGAACCUUUUUUCUUUAUUUUUUGUAUUUUAUUUACAAGAGCCAACACUUUACGAGCGGUUGUCAGUGUAUUUGUAUCCCGUUUGACAUUGCCUUCAACCAUGCUGUACCAUGAUGUGUUUUAAAGUAUAAUAAGGAAGCUGAUGUGCAAUUGCUUUUGUUUUUUUUCCAGAAAACUUUUACAUGAUAUAUUAAGAAAUGUAUACAGCCACUUUUCCUGUACAUAUCAAAUUUAGAAUAAAACAGACGGCUGUUCCGCAUCCUGUUUACAACCUC